AUGGCGGGUUUGCUGAAGAAGACCACCGGCCUUGUGGGAUUGGCUGUAUGUGAAAGUCCACACGAGAGGCUAAGAAUAUUGUACACAAAGAUUCUUGAUGUUCUUGAGCAAAUUCCUAAAAACGCAGGGUAUAGAAAGUAUACAGAACAGAUUACAAAUGAGAAGCUGAGUAUGGUUAAAGUGAAACAACUGAAUGCCUGUUAUAUGCCAUGUAUGGUUGUAGGCAUGGAAGCCAGUGCCUAUAUUGUAAUGAACAAAACGGAUAAAAAUCCCUGCCUUCUUGGAGAUUAUACAUUAAUGGUGGGAGGCAAAGAAGAACCAGAUGUUAAGAAAUUAGAAGACCAACUUCAGGGUGGCCAACUAGAAGAGGUGAUUCUUCAGGCUGAAAAUGAACUAAGUCUGGCCAGAAAAAUGUUACAGUGGAAACCAUGGGAGGCUUUAGUGAAAGAGCCUCCCGCCAACCAGUGGAAGUGGCCAAUAUAA